CCAGCGAGAAACACACGCGGCGCCAGGUCGCUAGAAUCUCAGCUAUUAUUCAAUAUACAUAUGUACGGAAAACAGAAAAAUAACAAUCGAAAAAGUAGGCAAUUCCUCACAUAUUAGAACAUCAGAAUGUACAGCAAGUAUUGAAAAUAAAUCACUGAAAUUUGAGCACUUUUAUGGAAUUAAGUGCAAAGUGGUGAACCGUAAACCGUGAACGUCUCGAGAAAGUUAAUCGUGCGUUGAGACAUUUUGUGCGAGUUCUCCGGCAUGGAUUUCAUCGCAAACAUUAUCAAACGGCCCCUGAGCAUGGGCCGUACAGACGCCAGCAGCACCAGUAACGGCGAUCAGUCGUCGACGGACUCCGAACCACGGGCCAGCAUGGCUGCCCACACGGAUCUGAACCAACUCUUGGACUCGGCCACAGAGGACUUGCUGCAACUGGAAGAGGAUCACAGCAAUCUGUUGGAUUUGGGUAUUUCAGAUCCGGCUCCGCGUCCACUGCCCAGCGGCAGGGAGAGCAUUCAAAAGCUUCUGCUUGACAUUAAUGUGAACCUGAGCCAAGUUAGUGCCCACGAAAUGGAGCAUUUGCAGGCCAUGAGUGCGGAGAUGAGUCCGCUGGCAGUGAAGCAGAGUGUCAGGUCGAGUUUGGAUAAACAAAAGGCUCUGGCUGCGGCAAUGAUCAAGCCGCCAUCGGAGCAGCUGGAGACAGAGCCAGCGGCUCCCAGAUUUGGGAUGUUCGAUGAAGAGGAGAUCCCAGGGCUGGCUCCACUCAGUGCCGAAAUGGAGGCCCAACUGAAAGCGGACCAAUCGGAUGCGGAUGUCUUUGUGGAGUGCAUGUCGCUCAACAGCGAAAAGUUCUCCUGUGAUCGAUCCGAAAUGGAGGCCUAUUCGAGUGCCCUCAACGAUGUGCUGGAGCAGCAGCUGGAGCAAACAGUCAGUGAUCCACUGGCUGGCAGCAUUUCACACAACACCAGCUACGAGCCCAUGGAUGUGGACGAAAUCAAUGAGACCAUGGAAAUGCUAAAGGAUGUCUUGGGUCCAGAGGAUCAUCAACUGCUGCAGCAGCAAUUCCUCGCAGAUGCAUUGCCUCCCGGCAUGGGUCAAGAGCUGUUCGUUGGGCAACAACAGCAGCAGGAGCAACCACAGUCAAUGCCUGGCCAGGAGGUUGCACGGCUGGCAGCGAAAGAACUUGAGCAAUCUGUAGAUAAAUGCCACCAGCAGGAAGAGCUAUUGGCAUCAGUUACCGAGCCGAAGCGAUCGCCCCAGGAGCAUGAGAAAGUGGAAUUGCCAGCAGUUGAUUCUCCUCAAAAGCAAACAGAAUUGCCUAAAGAACAGGAAGAACAGGCAGUUGAUCCACCUCAAGAGUCGAAUGAAUCGAAAGAGCAGUCGCAGGAAUGCAAAGAGAAGGAACAACUGCUUCGGGAGGAACCAAAAGAAAAGACAGAAAACUCUCAGAUGUGCCAACGGCAGGAACAACCACAGGAGGAACCACUUGAAGAGCAGGUGCCAACAGAAUGUCCUCCGUUGAUGAACAGCAGCCAUAUCUCCAUGGAACAGCAACACGAGCACAGUCUUCAGCUCGAAACACCUCGAGAGCAGGAAGUACAAGUUCCAGCACGAGCAGACGAACACUUGAAGAAACCAGAGGUGCCAGCAGCAGCACCGCUCUCCCCACCAAUUCCAACUCUGCAGGCAAACAGUGUGGAAUAUCCCAUCUCGCCGCCCAUACCCACACAUCGGCACAAGACGGCCGAGGAGCUAAUGUUCCUGGAACUCAAGGAGUACCCCUUACCCGCCGAUGAAGACGAACUAGAAACAGAUGAUCAGAAAACUGUCCAAUUAGAAAAACCCUCCGAUCGGGGGACUGUGGUGGCCGUUGCACCUACCCAGUUGCAAGGAAGCACCAAACCCCUUUGUCUGGAGCUGGACAGCAGCUCCUCCCACCCCAAGGGACACUCUUCAGGACCCAAUUCACCAAGUUUUCCCAUAAAGGGUCCGGCUGAGCAGCCCGCGCACUUUCCUCGCUCGCCGCACGCUCCGGCCGAGCAGAAGGAGAUGUCCUACCUGGAGGAGGCGGUCAUCGAGCCCUCGUCUGAGCGCAAGCUGAGCAUGUGCGCUCCAGGAGUUAUUGCCAAGUCGCCGGUGAUCAUACAAGUGACGCAAGCGAGUCCGGAGCAGCGCCAUCUGAAUGAGACGCUGCCCAUGGAUGAGCUUUCGGUUUCCCCAUCUCCGCUGGACGGAACCUUCGAUGGCGGAAAGCGGAUUGAAGCCAGCUCUUCUCAAAAUGAGGGAACCCCGCUCCAGGCUUCGGCCACUUUUGCCGUUUCCCUGGAAACAGCUGACGAGCAGCAGCGUCGCACCUUCUCCGUGAUCAAGUCCACCGAGGAUCAGCAGGAGGCGGCUGCUUCUCGUCGCACUUUCUCCCUGGAAAAAGACCGCCCCAGACGCACUUUCUGUCUGGAGACUCAUGCCUCGCCGGCCAUGGAAGCCACCGAGGAGAGCAUGGCCAGCGAGGACUUCGAGGCCAUGGACGUGGACGUCUCCAUGCAGGUUGAGACGGCCACAGUGCUCAGAUCUCCGCAGACCCCGGCCCAAGUUCCAUACUCGCCACCAAUCCCCACACAUCAAAACCUCACUCGUCCGCCCAUCCAUGUGGAGCCUACUCCGGUGGCCUCUCCCCAAGCUAACGCCGCCGCCGGCGUCGAGGAGCAGGCCCUGUCCGCCAAGGAGCAGGCACAUCUCAGUGCCAGCGACGAAAAGGACGAUGUGUUUGUGGAGCACUUUGGGGCCAUGUCACCCGUGACGGAUGAUAUGUUCAAGACGCCACAGUACACCAGCAGUGGCUUUAAUAAUUUAGCCAAGAUGAAGUCCGGAUUAGGAGGAGAAGCUACCGCCAUGUCCCUCCCUGGUGAGGGCCAGGAGGAUGAGCAUUUCUCCGAAGAUGAGUUUCAUGAUACUGCAAGUAAUACAAACUUAAUACUCAACUCUUCAGAUUUCGAUUAUUUGUACACCAAAGGCAGCAAUAAUGCUCCAGUGGACCGCAGCUCAUUGCUAUUGAAGUUUGAUCCGCUGCUCGGAGCUCCGGUGCCAGUGAACCAUCCACAGCUUCAGGAGCAGGCCCUGCUCAAUAUCCUGGGCAACCAUAAUCAGAAUCGAGCCCUGAGCCCCACAUGGGAGGAGCACGAAACGAGUGGCAGCAAUCAGUCAUUUGUCAUUGAAUCCAGUGCCAAAGAAGUAGUUAAGAAUUUUGGGUAUAAACCGCCAGUGGAUAGGACAAAAAAGCAUGCUAAAAUGAGUGUGGACGUUAUAGACAACGAUUGCAACAAGACCUUCGACAAUUCCAACCUUAAUACGGAGGACAAAUCCCACACCUACAACAACAUGGAUGAACUGGAGAAGAAGAUCAAAAAUGAAGUAACCCGCUCAGAGGACAUUGAGAAGAAGCUCAAAGAUGCGGAGCAGCGUGAAGAGGCGCUCAUUAAGCGCAUUACAGAAAAGGAUAAAACAAAUUCAAAGCUCACUGGCGUCAUCGAGGCCUAUGAGAAAGCCAUUGCAGAGCUUAUCAGCGAGAAAGAGCAACUGACACAGAACUACGAAAGGCAAUUGCAGGAUGUGCAAACAGAUCGCGAUGCAAAUUACCAUCACUUAACGUCGCUGGAAACGACAUUCUCCGAUCUGCAUGUGAAAUAUGAGAAGAGCAAAGAGAUGACCUCGCAGCUGAAACACAGCGAGGAUACGCUCCUGACGGACAAAAAACAGCUGAUGGAGAAUCUGCGACUGCAAGAGCAGCGCUACGAGAAGAUGAAAAGCCAUGCCAUGCAGCAGCUUGAAAUUGCCAAUAAAAAGCUGGACACCAACACAAGGGAGCAUGCGGAUGAGGUGAAAAAACUGAAAGCUUUACUCAAAAAGGAGGAAGUGUCGCGAGUCUCAACGGCCGAGCAGCUGCAGCAGAAGUCACGCGAGAAUGCCGAUCUGCUGAAGAUCUGCGAGGAGCUCAUCUACGGCAAGGGCCAAGGUGGUAGUAGUUAAACUCUCUCCAACGGAUUUGCCUGGAAUGUAUCUUAUACGUUGCUGUAAACGCGCACACACAUCUACAUCUACAUCUACUCAUACACACACACCCAAUCCACACACAUACUGGGAUUUGUCUUGUGGCAUCUUGUGGCAUGUCUGUCACCCUUCCAUCCGUCAUCCACGCAUUACAUGGUGUUCUAUUAAUUUUUUUCUGUUGUGUGCUCGUUACUUGAAUAUUACAAUUAUUAAUAUUUAGUUAUAUUCAUGAAGUAAUUCACAGUGUAUAAUCAAUGGCUAACGAUCCGACAAACCCAUUAUACUAUUUCUAGAUUUUUAGUUAACCCCGCAAACACUCACAACCCACACAGUCCAGUCCACCCAGCCACCAACCCCUUACACCCAGCGAAACGCUUCGGGGCCGGCCAAUUGAGUUUCCCUCUGAGUUCCACAGACGCCUCACGGGUGCGCCGGCAACCCAAACUUAUAUGUUACUAAUUCUCUAUCGAAUCUGCCUACUGAUUUCUGUUCUAUGAUAUUAUCGCGCGGAGUGAUCUGCUGUCGCGACCCCAGAACUGUUUUGUUUUGUCCUUUUGUGGUUCUGCAAACGGCUAACGUAAGCAAAUCGAUGAAAUGUGCAGGAAAAAUCAAUCAGAUCAGAAUAAAACAAACAAGAAACAUGUAAAAGAACAGCGUACGCUUGAGGCGCGCCUUUACUAAAUGUUUAAGUUAAAAUUUAGUUUAAUUUAAAUGAAAAUUUAUAAUAGUUGCAUUAAGCAUAACUCUGUAUUACUUACUAGUACUAAAAGAAGAAGCGUAAAAAACAGCAAGGAAUCAUUCAACAAAUACACGCAACAAAUUAUUUAUGCAUAAAAAGCCAUUCAGAUGUAUUUUGUUUUCAAUUGAAGCUUGAAUCCUCAUUUGCUUUGCUCUCGAAGAGCAAAAACGUAAUUGAAUCGAAUCGAAUAAGAACCGAACCGAACCUUUUCCUCCGCACAGACAAGCACAGAUUUGAAAUUGCGGAGCACAAUUAUUGUAGCUGGCUUUUGUAGAGAAACACGCCCGAAAGGAAAACCCUCUUGAUGAAUUUUACUUCCAUUUAUGACAUUUACUAAACUCUAAGAUCACACGGAAAAUGUUGAGAAAAACGAAACCAAAAUGCAAGUAGUUUGGUGACACAAGAAACCAAAAAGAAUUGUAUACAAAAAUUUGUACCCAGUCCAUGUAAUC